CUCCAGUGCGUCAGAUUUGACAGCAGAAGCUACGCAGCCAAGUUUAUUGGAAGUUUUUGCACAGCCAGCGAACACCUACAACUCAAUCUGUGGUGUGAAUUUGAGAGGUUUCGAUCAAGAUGGUUUUGCUGACAAUGAUCGCUCGGGUAGCAGAUGGACUGCCGCUUGCUGCAUCGAUGCAAGAAGACGAGCAGUCAGGAAGAGACUUGCAACACUACCAGAGCCAGGCUAAGCAGCUGUGUCGUAAACUCAAUGCCCAGAGCCCCAACAGAUGUACUCUGGAGGCUGGGGUCAUGUCCUUCCACUAUGUAAUAGAACAUGGCGUGUGCUACUUGGCCUUGUGUGAAGCUGUGUUUCCCAAGAAGCUGGUCUUUGGGUACCUGGAAGACCUCCAGACAGAAUUCCAUGAGCAGCAUGGAAAGAAAGUUCCCACAGUCUCCAGGCCGUACUCUUUCAUUGAGUUUGACACGUACAUCCAGAAGACAAAAAAAAACUACAUUGACAGCAGGGCACGGAGGAACCUGGGCAGCAUCAACACAGAACUGCAGGAUGUCCAGCGGAUCAUGGUGGCAAACAUUGAAGAGGUCCUGCAACGAGGAGAGGCCCUAUCGGCUCUCGACACCAAAGCCAGCAAUCUGUCCAGCCUUUCAAAGAAGUACCGCAGCGAUGCCAAGUACCUCAACACCCGAUCCACCUAUGCCAAGAUAGCAGCUGGGGCAGUCUUCUUCAUUACACUUAUCGUCUAUGUGCGUUUCUGGUGGAUCUGAUGCGUAAGGACUGUGAAAGAGGAGAUGGUCUGGGUUCCCUUUGUAACCAAAUAUUAAAACUGUCAAUUAUAAUACAUUUAUGGUUUCUGUUAACAGCUGUAACCAAAUAUUAAAACUGUCACUUAGUUAUAAUAUAUUAAUGGAUUCUGUUAACAGCAAAGUUCCUACAUGGGUGCGACCUUGUACAUGGGUGGGACCUUGUACAUGGGUGGGACCUUGUACAUGGGUGCCUUAGGGGAGGGUGGGAUUUAGUCUGUGUAUUGCAUGAGUGGAUGGACUUGUGCCUGUUUCAGCUGCGUGUCAUGUCGCAUACCUGUAUGGAUGCAUACUGACCUGUGGUUGCUAAUGUGAGCGUAGUGGAGCUUUCUGUGCAUCCAUAGUGUUGGUAUAAUCCGAUUUGCUGGAGUAUAAAAGGCAUUGAAAAUGCAUUAUCCAUGUUUACAUUACGAGGUGGGGGUCCUUUACGAUGUCUCAGAAGGAAAAUUCUAUAUGCAAAUUGCCUAAAGUGUGAAAGGACUCGUUACCGUGAGUUUGUUUACAAAACAUACAUAACUGUAAGUAAUUAUUUGUUGAAAAGUAUAUUUACCAUCUUCUCAAUGUU